UAUAUUAGAGAAAUGAAACCAGAAAAUUGUUCCUUUCGCCAUACAUAAAGAUGUUAAGUCCACACCCGGAGUCGAGAUAUAUAAGGAACUUGACCAGAUCCCAGAUCGCACAUCAGCACGACAAGUGAACAGGAAGACAUGGUCGCCAUGGAUAUGAUGUUUCUAGUGGUAAUGACUCUGCUGGCAGCAGUACGUGCGGCCCCUCAAUAUGGCGGACAACUCCAAGGACAAUACAGCACUCCGAUCCCAAUCAUCAGCCAGAAUUCAAUCAUCAACCCAGACGGAUCAUAUUCUUACAGCUACGAAACAGGUAAUGGCAUCUCAGCUCGAGAAGAGGGCUUCCUGAAGAACGCGGGCAACCCAGAGACAGAGGCACAAGUCGCCCAGGGCCAGUUUUCCUACAUUGGGGACGACGGCAUCCCCAUCAGCCUGACUUACACGGCAGACGAGAACGGCUUCGUACCUCAAGGGGCCCAUCUGCCUACGCCGCCUCCCAUACCACCGGCAAUCCAACGCGCACUGCAGUUCCUGGCCAGUCAGCCCGAAUACAAGGAACCUCAGCCACAGUUUGGAUUCAAUCAAAAUAGGAGAACGAAUUUUGGACGAAAGUGAGGAACAUCCUCUCAAUUCCGUAUUGUUUCAGGCAGAGCACUGAAUAUCUUAUUAACUAAUACUUCUAGCAGACGAAUUAAAAGUUCGGUGGAAAAAAAAUAACGGAAUGCAGCCAUGCAGAAAUGUCUUGUAUUUCUUCAAAAUAUCAUCAAAGACUUGUGAAAAAAUUAUUUAUAUAUACAUUGUUUUCAAGCCCGUGGAUAGAAUUGAUUUCUUUACGAACUAGGUUGACGGUAGACACUCCAGAUGAUUAUAAAACAUGUACAUUAGCAAAUUCCUUCAUCAAAUUAUCGUUGUUGAGAACUGCAGUUAUUAUUAUGUACUAUAAAUUCGUUCGUUACAAUAGCUCUGUAAGUAAAAUACACGGUCAUUUCUCGUCCAACUCAUUCCGUAACUAAAUUCAUCAUUAUUUCUCUGCACGAGUCUAAAGUGUUUAUAAUAUACAUAUAAGUGACGGUGCAAAUUAUUAUUACAUUUAUGUCAGCAGUGCGAACACCACGUCCAUUAUUAUGGAACAUCAGUACCUCGGACACGUGGUCCUAUGUUCUCCAGCUCUUGUAACAAGUUCUUUGGUAUUUGCAAGCAAUGACACCCACGCGUUGAACACUUUCUGGAGAUAAUUGUGUCUACAACCGCUAUUAAUAUUAAAUUAACGUCCGUAACAUGUUUCCGGCAUGAGAUCAGAUUCUUGUCUUCUUGAAUAUCAAAACUGUAAAACCAAUGUUUCGGCGUAACAUGCUGCCUCAGUCAUCAGGGGUGAAGUUCUCAACUCCUGCUACUCUCCCGUACUUGGUUGUACAUCUUUUCGUCUGCCGUGACUAUUGAUGUGUUGAUGUAAUCUUAUCCUGUUCAUUUAAACAAUGAAGCAAUGAGGAAGCACGUACUUCGAUCGAUGGUUUCUUCCUAUAGAACACGGCAUCGCAACCCAGGAAGGCCGCAAUCUGCAUCAUCCUUCCCUUUAUCAGUCGUAACAUUCUACAGCUUCUGCGAUCUCUUACUAGAAUGUAGCAAUAAAAUGUAAGCAGAAUGUUUUCUGACUGCCGUACGUGUUAAGACGAACAUUCGACAACUAACACUGAUAUAAAUUGGUAAGGUAUUUAUUUCGAAUUAUGCUAUUGUAAUAUUGGUCUUCUGAUGUGAAUUUACUUCAUUGGUUCGAAUAAAAAUCAUAAUUAUUAGUAGUACUUUUUCAGUGAUAUCCGUACCAUACUAUUUCCAAACCGGACAAUAUAGAAAAUUAAUGACAUAGCCUACCGUCGAGAUUUUCUGAAUGCCCAUGGUAUGAUUGUGACACUAGAUGACAAUCAUGCACUCAUUUAUAAGAAACAAAAUACUUAAAGCAACGAUUGAAUAAAUUAAUAUCUUUCAUAGCUUAAAAAUACGCAAGUUAUUAAUUUAUCGUUACUGAAGACAAACUAAGAAAUAUGCAUUGUUAUUCGAAUGCGGCUAAAAUAUUGUAGUAGUGUAGUACAAAACUAUUUAUUCAUUUUGAAUUUGCACAAUUCAACACUUCUCUUCGACAAAAUUGAGAAAAUUACUAUCAUAUAUUUCGCGUUCCAUAGCUUACAUUUGUGUUGUGUGGUUAAGUAAACUUGUCUCUUAGAACGCAAGUUCUUUACUAUUCAUCUGGCAUACAACAUAGUCUACACUCAAUAUUCAGCUUUAUAACAGCCUAUAAACAUGGUUCUAAACCUAUAAGCAAAAAAUUACCCUUUUUAAAACUGUUCAUCAAACGAGACUACAAUUCAAACAGCAGAGCCAAUCACUGACAUCAUACUUAAUAUUAUACAUUUAUAUACAUAUUACAUAAAAACGACGACAUGGACUUUAAGUUUUUUCAAAUUAAUUAAAAUAGAAAAAUGUAUACAUUCAAAAUACUUCCCCAAGAAACCAAUGUUUUCAUACAUUUACACUCUGACCAUACAAAGAGUCCUCCUUCAUUCACGUUCAGAACAGAAUCUCCGCUGUUAUGACUAAAGCAGAAUGUAAUGUAUCUGUAUUUUGUUCGCGUGUUGCCUAAGGUUAUUUUGCUCGGUAACAUGAUUUUUAGUAAGCAUCCACAUUUGUGAACCUUUUAUAUCUUGUAUUAUUGUUAACAGAAUAAAAUAAAAAUUGUGUACAGAA